GACAUGGACUCGCACUGCGACUGUGCCGAGCCCCCGGCCGCCGAGCAGCCGUCGGGGAGGAUUAACAAAACCGCCUUCAAACUGUUCAAGAGGAGGAAGUCCGGGGGCACCAUGCCGAGCAUCUUCGGGGUGAGGAGCAAAGGCGGGGAGGGGAAGGGCGCCGGCAAGGCGGGGAUGGUGCGGAGCCGGACGCACGACGGGUUGGCCGACGCCGUGCUGGAGAGCGGCAAGAAGGAGGAACCGGGCGGCGACGCGCAGAGCCGGGAGGCGCGGGGCCCGGCGGCCGGCGGGCUCGGGCUCGGGCUCUCCCCCGGUGGCCCGGUGGCCAAGUCGCACAGCUUCUUCUCACUGCUGCGGAAGAACGGCAGGCCCGAGAACGGCAAGGCGGAGAGCGCGGAGCAGCGCGCCGGCGGCAGACAAAAGAAGGGGCUGAAAGGCAUCUUCAGCAGCAUGCGGUGGCAUAAAAAGGACAAAAAUGGCAAGGAGGAGAGGGGCGAAGCCUCGGAGAUCCCGUCCGGGCUUAUUAUGCCGGGGUCUUUGACUGCCAGCCUGGAGUGCAUCAAGGAGGAGCCGCCGAAACCUUUGUCUGAGACCCCGAGCGGCUCCGGGGACGGCGGGCCCGAGGCGGCGCGGGAGAAGCUCGGCGGCGAGGCCCGGCAGCCCGGGGCGGGCGACGGGGAGCCGCGGGCCAGCAGCCCCCUCCCCGCGGAGGAGCCGCCCGCCCCCGCCUCCGCCGUCCCCGCUGGUGCCGGACGGCGACCCGAGGAGCUCAGCCGCGAGCCACCGGAGCCGGGCACCGGAGAGGUUGGGACUGCGAAGGAUGCGGCCAUAACAGGUGACAUUCCAAUAACGACUAUCCCCCCUGUUGAACCUCACUGUGAUAGCGGUCAAGAGACGGCAGCCGCCCCUGACCCUUCCUCUGUUGAUCCACCCUCAGAGCAAUCGAUUGAUCGUAUUUGUUUGAUGUUUGCUGACGUGACUUCACUGAAAAGCUUUGACUCUCUUACAGGCUGCGGAGAUAUUAUUGCGGACCAUGAGGAGGAUGGGGGCGGCGGGAGUGGCGGCUGCGGGAAGAGCACCCCCGGGGCCGGCAAGCUGGGUGCCUCCAAGAAACACCCCACCAUGGUGGCUUACCAGGGAGGAGGGGAGGAAAUGGCCAGCCCGGACCAGGUGGAUGACACCUACCUGCAGGAGUUCUGGGAUAUGCUGUCGCAGACAGAGGACAUCCAGACAGAAGGAGGAGGAGGAGGAGGGACAAAGAAGCCCGAGGGGUUGAAGGAGAACCGAGGUACUGAGGCGGCCCAGAACAGGGUGGUGGUGAAGCGUGGUGGCCUCCACCAGAUCCCCAUUCACCUCAACCACAAAGAGGAGCAGAAGGGCAGGGAGAAGGAGCAACAUGAAGGUGUCCCAAACAGCGAUGAGGGCUACUGGGAUUCUACCACUCCUGGUCCCGAGGAAGAUGGUUCUGCAAGCAUCCAGAAGGAAACCCUUCCCAGGGACAGCUACAGCGGGGAUGCUCUCUACGACCUCUACACUGAGCCGGAUGAGAACCCACCAGCAGGGCCUACGGAGGAGGCGGUCACCUGUGUGCCACGCUCCAAGCCCGUGUCUCCAAUAACGACCACGUGCUCACUGAAGACACCUUCUGGCACAGUGAAGGACUCCAAGAUACCCAUCAGCAUUAAACACCUCUCCUCGCAUCCUGCCAGCCAUGGAGUAGAUGCCAGUAACAGCCAUCACGUCGCACACCAUCACCUGGCCAAAAGUGAGAUGCACAGAACAAAAAUCCCUGUCUCUAAGGUACUGGUACGCCGGGUCAGUAACAGGGGCCUAGCAGGGACAACAGUGAAAGCUGCCACGUACCAGGACAGUGCCAAAAAGUAGUUGGGUAAGAGGUGGAGACAAAGACGGGCAGCAAGAUCGGUGGAAAACCUGCAUAGGAGACCACAGAUAAUGAGUUAGUUUUAUGUCACCUGAAGGAAGACACCUAUAAGGCUUACUCCACUGUACUGUGUGGGCCUGCACAUCCAAAUCCUUUCUUACCGGACUGUAUGUCUGAAUAUGAAAAGUCGACUUCUUUUAGAGCACUUUUUUUUACAUUUAUACCUUUUUUCUGCAGCACUAAGCACUGGGGAGGUUCACUUUUACAUGCCUUUCUGGAAGCCGGACUUGGAUUACGAACCUAAAUGAGCAUCCUUCCUCAUGCAAAGCAGUGCCAUGAGUUCUUCUUCAAGGGAACAGAGUUACAGAAGGAGCGACGCGAGAGGUUCUCCAAUACACUUACCUUUUAAUAGUUUCUGAGGGAGGAAUGGAGGGUGGGUGCCUGGCUCCCAAAAUGGUGUUUGCUCUAUGUGCUGGUGGAAAAAAAUGCUGAGCAAAAACCAACCCACCUAACAGGUAUUUUCCUUGCUGUAGGAACGAGAGCACUGCUCGGCAGCAGACUCGAUUGACUCGUGUGCAGUAAUUAACUAAGGAGUUAGGUGGACUUGUCUAACAGGAAAGCAUAUUUUUGGGCUGUCUGUCUGUCUGCUUGGUUUUGAUCUGGUCUAAUGUAAAUGGGUAACAUAGACACCUGAGGUAAGUUCAGAUGUUUACAUCAAUACAUGUCCGAUAAAGCAUACAGUCAGGUUCAGGGAAAUGUUUUACUAAAUGCCAAUAUAUACACACUGUUCACAUUUAUACAAUAACUUGCUUGCCACGUGUAAAUAUAUACAUAUUUUAGCAGACU